AUGGACCCCCUCCGCCAUAACAUCCCCCGCGACAGAGACGACGGCGGCCACGACAUUAACCAAGACAUCCUCUCCCGCACUCAGCAGGACGACAUGGUCUCCGCUCCCGCCGCCCCGCCGCCCUCAAAUCCAACGUCCAGAGACGCCAACGUCGCAAAACGCUACCGUGCAGCGCCUGCAAAGACAUUCCAAUGCAGAGGCUACGGGGACUGUCACAUGGUUUUCAGCAGGAGCGAGCAUCUUGCUAGACACGUCAGGAAACAUACUGGCGAGCGCCCUUUCACUUGUCAUUGCGGCAAGCAGUUCUCGCGCCUUGACAACCUGCGCCAACAUGCGCAGACAGUCCAUUCCGACAAGCCGGAGGACAACGAGCGCAUGAUGCGCGAGCUCACCGCCCUCCACACGUCCAUGGCCGCCGCCCACAAGGCUGCAACAUCCCGCGGCAAGCGCUCUCAACAGUCGCUCGCAACGCCCGCGUCGGCCGCCGCCAACGCAUCGCAAGCUGCCUCGCUCGGUAUGGGGAGCAGCAGUGUAAACAAUGGCGUAAAGGUGGAGGAGAUGCAGAUGCACCGCACUCUGUCUUCAGCUAACUAUUACGGUCAGCAGCGCCCUGGCACUUCUGUCGGUUACGACGUCGGUCCUGACUCCUCUGGCUCUGCGCCGUCUUUCGGUCACAGAGCAUCUUGGCAGCAACUCGAUCAUGCAGCAAAUGCAAAUGCACCACCUUCGUCGACCCACUCUGGAGCUCGACCCUACCAUGCACAGGAACAACUCCAACUGCAGUCCGGACAGCACAUCCAGCAGCAGCAGCGCGUACCGUCUUCCGCCUACGCCGCCCAUCACCCCGCCGACGGCCAUUCCUUUCGUGACUCCCACCAGUCCUUUCGUAACUCACAACCCAGCGCGCAGUUCCAACACCAACAACAGCAACUCCAACAACCCGGCCAGUCCUUUCUUGCCUCCCAGCCCUUUCUCCCCUCCCCCGCCGAGCUCGCAUCCGGCCGCCCGUCAUCAUCUCGCAGUAGGCCACCCACUUCAAGCGGUCCCGACCCAGGCACAGCAGCAGCAAUUUCAACAUCAUCAGCACCAGCAGUCCCAGCAGCAUCCAAUGUUCGCACCCCACUCCCGCCAAUCUCUGCCGUUAUCCCCCAAUCCAUCGCCGCACCCGGCCGGCAGCCUGCCGUUCUUCAGUUACCCCCCAGCUCAGCAGGCACAGACGCACGGCGACCGGGAACAGCACCGGCAACCUACGCAUAUCUCCCCCACCGGUCAUCUUUCGGCAGCGGACGAUCUGCAGCUCGGGGCCCUCCAGGUGGAGGGCUGGGCGCUGUCCCAGAGCUUUCCGUAUACGGAGCAACAACAACAACAGAGCUGGGAGGACCUGCAGCAGCAGCACCAGGGCCAGCGUACGAGUUCGCCCGCAGCCAGCGAGAAUAUGCUCACGCAGCAACAUACGGGUACCCACCGAGCCCGCCUGACGGGUAUGGCUCGGGCGCAAACGACAGUCCCUUUUCCUUCCACCCUCCCUCGCUCGCCGACUCCGGGCCAAGCGCAGCAGCGCCAGCAACAUCUCGCCUUCGCAAGCGGCCAUACAGCGGCGACGACGGGUCCGAGUCCGACGAUGACAUCGACAGCGAUGUCGACGUCAGGGAUGAUGCCACCACAGGCGGCGGCUCAGCGGCCCGGCCGCCACCCACACCCUCAACCGCCGCCGGGGAGCGCGGCGAGUACGACUACGGCGGGACCGGAAGCAGGCCUCAGUCUCGACGGCUCUCCGUCAUGGAGCUCUGCAAUGACGCCGACGCUGCAGGGUCCGCUUUUCUACCAUUAUCAGGCAGCUCAAGACCAGCAACGGCAUCUGGCCGGGUCGAAUUCGCAUCCCCAAGCGCAGCAGCAGCCCUUGCAGAGUCGGCAGCAGCAGCAGCAAUACCUACAGGGUCAGCAGCACCAACAGCAGCAGCACUCCCAACAGCAACAACAACAGCUUCAACAGCAGCAGCAGGGGGCGGAAGCUCGCCAGGCGGAUCUCCAGUCGGGAGCCCCUUCGCAUAUGGCCUCGAUGGGCCUGGGGGAGGACUACAUACAGCGGUACGUCGCUAUGGCGCAGGCGGCGGCGCAGCAGCAGGGGUUUUACCUCGCCGCUCCAGCCCCGGGCAACGCCAACAACAACAGCGCGCUUCCGCCUCCCCACGCUCACCAAGCACGCUUUCGUUCGGACGGCGAAGUCCAGCAUCAGGGAGUGGGUCCGGGGGCAGCGCAUCACCCUCCUACGCCCACGUCGGCGCUCACGCCGGCGACGGCUUACAGCAGUCCUCCCGCCAUGACCAAGUACGAGUCUCCGUCUCUCCACGCGGGAGCACUGCAACUCCUACCGGAGUGAGGGUCUGA